UAUUUGGAAACGAGAAGUUGGAUCGAUCACAUGGUUUUACUUAUUUUACUUAUUAAUCCUACUUACGCUCGCAAAAACAAUGCCUUCGAUUCAAAGUUUAACUUUGACUUAUGACUCGCUGAAUGAGCAGGGGACGUUUUCGGAGGGUGACACUAUCUCUGGGAAAGUAACCCUGGCCUUGUUAAAGCAGGUCAAAGUAAAUAGCUUUUUUAUUAAAGCAACAGGAGAUGCAAACGUACAUUGGACGGACGGGAGCAGCAAUGACGGGAGCAGCGGGAGCAGCAAUGACGGGAGCAGCAACGGGAGCAGCAAUGACGGGAGCAGCAAUACAUACUCUGCUCAUAAGAGAUAUUUCAAACUAAAGCAGUUUUUAUUCCCAGAGACCUCCAAGGACACUGUACUUCCCAAAGGAAUCCAUGUCUACAAAUUCAGCUUAAACAUUCCACAAGGAAGCGUGCCUUCAUCCUUCAAGGGACCUCAUGGAAAGAUUGUCUACAAGCUGGAAGCCAAGCUGUCCAGGAGUUGGAGGAUGGACCAAUCAGUGGAACAGAACAUACUGUUUGUCUCCAGGUGUUAUCCCAACCUUCAUUCUCUGAUGGUUUGCCCCAGAUUGGUGCUUGCAACAAAGAAAGAGAUGGGACUUUUCUCCAAAGGACAAGCAGACAUGGAAGUCACGAUUGACAGGAUGGCCUACGCCCCAGGUGAAACUAUCACAGUUUUGGCCAAAAUCAACAAUUCCUCGUCCAGUGAGAUGACACCCAAAUUCCGUUUGGGCAAGAAGGUGAUCUACCGUGCCAGCGGUAGAACCAAGCGCGAGGAGUGCACUAUCAUCAAAGUGGUCGAAAACCGUAUUCAAGCCCAUACAGAGCUGGAAGUCAGGUGUAGAAUGAAGAUUCCUCUCGAUCAGACAACAACUAUCCAGAAUUGUGACAUCCUCUCAGUGGAAUAUCAUUUAAAGGCGUAUCUGGACAUCAGCUUUGCCUUCGAUCCAGAGGUCCUCUUCCCAUUGGUCGUUGUUCCUUUAGGCUUUGCUCCUGUCCCUCAGCCUGGUGUGGCUGCAGGUCCUUAUCCAGCGGGGGCUGUUGGGGGCCCUAGCAACAGCGACUUCCCUCCCCCUGUAGUGUCUGGGCAUCCUUAUCCUGUCUCCCCAUCCUCAGGCAGGUCUGGAAACCCAGGAGCCCCAAUGUAUUCAGCACCACCACCACCUGUGUACCCAGGUAACCCAAUGGUGUUUCCUUGUCCACCAAGUGUUUACCCUGCUCAGCCCGCACAUGUGAGUGGGGCCUACAACAACCAAGUGCCUGAGAUACCUUUUCCGUAUGGAACUCCAUUUUCAUCUUCUGUGAUUCACCCUCCGCCAACUGCCCCAACAUUUCAAACACCCCCAGCUGCCCCAGCGAUCUACCUACCCCCAUCUCUCCCAGAGAUCAACCUACCCCCUUCUUAUUCACCCUUCAAUGUAUCCCCAACGGCUCCAUCGUACAACCUGAUGAACACAGACUUCCUGGGUCAAUCGGAUGAAGCUCCUCCAGCAUAUACACUCCUUUUCCCCUCCACUGCUACUGACAAAUCAGAUGCAAAAUAAUAGUAUGAUUGCUCGAUGACUGGAUUGGUUUAUUAAUCAUGAUGUAAAAAAAACUAAUAGUUAAAAGUUUUAAUCAGUCAUGUCCGGUCAUGUCUUUAUUUUUGUUGUUGAUUUCUAAGCAUGAAUGUGAGAUUGAAAAGGCAUCUUAACUUUUUGCAUGUAAAAAAGUAUACCCAAAAUAUCACUUAUGCAUUGCAUGUGAUGGUUGUGUGAUGGUCAAUUCAGAAUGAUCAUUGCCAGCUGCCAACAUAAUUACUCAAACUUCAGCCUUCAGUAUUGACUGUGUAUUUCACGUGCCUUAUUUAACUCAGGUGUCUUUAACUGAUCAAUCUUUCAGUUUUAUUGUUUAUAGGCU